AUGAGGUCUCUAAUUCAACUAAAGGAGACGCCAAACUUUGAGAUUACGUACAUUGGGGGACUCAAGGUUUUGCUCGUAUUCAAAGACUUCAUCGCGGCCAAAGGGUUCAUGGAGAACAGAAGAAGAUGGGAAGAAUACUUAAAAUGGGAAGAAGAUGGAGAACUUGAAAGCACGUUGAAAUAUGAGCGAGUUGCAUGGAUAAGAAUCACUGGGCUUCCCUUACAAUACUGGGGGGAAACAAAUUUUUCUGCCAUUGCUGCCCCUUAUGGUGUAAUCAUUGCUUCAUACGAUGAUCUCCCAAAUCGUGUGGAUAUGUCCCACGUGAAGAUUGGAAUUUUAAUAGGAAUUAGACGAAGAAUAAAUGAAGAAAUUACAAUAUCGUUAAUGGGCACACUGACUAGGAUUGGUAUCAUAGAGUUUGAUGAAGAUUGGUUUCCGUUUAACUUUGAUCCGGUGUCUAAUCCAUAUGAGGAGGAAUUGGUGGAUGAUACAGAGUCAGAAGAUGGGAUAUCCGAUACAUGGAUACCGGAAAACAACACAGAUCUUGAAGAAGGGGAGAUUGAGAUGGAGAACGGUGGCGUUACUGACGGUGCCGUCAACAGUGGCGCCGGAGAAGGAAUGCCAGCAGACGCACAUGUGGAAAAGGCUCCUCGAGAAGAGCAAUCGGCGCACGCUGAAGUUCUACCCAGGAUGGAAUCUGAACAUGCUCAUGGGAAAAACACUCCAAUUAACUCCAACGGUAAAAAUAAUUCAAUGAAAGCUAAUAUUAACAGUCAAUUGGACCGACAAGGUCCAACAGGUGAAAACAAGGAAAUUGGUGGCAAUGGGCCUUCACAUAGCAUCGAACUUAUUGGGCUCCUUGAUAGUGAAUGCUUUGGCCCUUGUUCGUCUAGGUGGAUAAACAGUCCAGAAAAUUCUUGGCCCAAUUACCUUCCUCAGUUCAACGUUGGGGGAUCCACACUUAGAAGACACAGAACAUAUGAUAUGGCUUUUCCUUUCUCCGCAAAUCAGAUCCGCCCUAUGGGUAAUCUUGACUCUGAUGAUGUCGAUUAUGGAGCAUCUGUACCCCUUCCCAACGGAAACACUGCUCCAGUGGACAGAAGUGAAGACGGAUCCUCAAUUGAUCUUAUCGAGGGUGCAAGGAGAACUCACGGAAUGUAUCAAGAGCUAAACUUAAUGAUUGUAUAUCCUCUACACUGGAGGCAGAGAAUAUAG